AUGGGUUCAGGCGGCGGUUCCGGGAUUCCCGGGAUGGCGAUGCGCGGAAUAGGGGGUCCCUCUCAGGAGCAGAUCCCGCCUGGAUACUACCGACCCGGCGGCGGCGGCGGCGGCGGCGGAGGAGGAGGAGGAGGAGGAGGAGGAGGAGCAUAUGGACGGAUGAACAGUGCCUACGGCCGCGGGGACGGGGGAGGAAAGGGGAGCACCAGCGGAGGGGGAGCGGGAGGGGGAAGCGGAGGGGGAGGUGGAGGGGGAAGUGGCGGAGGGGGACCUCCGCGGCAGGUGUACCAGCUGCCGCAGUACAGAGGGCGUGGCCGGAACAGCAGACCUUACGGGCAGGCGGCGCAAAAUCUGGAUGGUUCCGCCUCAGGGCCCGGCUUAGGGUCCGGGCCGACUGGGGGUUUAGAGAACGGCGAAGCGACGGGCGUGCGGCAGUCGCACGCGAGCGGCAGCAGCACGUCGUCGAGUUUGUCGCAGGAGGUUCGUUCCGUCGGUCGUGGCACCCAGCAGCCGCAGCAACAGUUUGAACAGCAGCAGGAGCAGGAGCAGGAGCAGGAGGAGCACGAGCAGCAGUCGCAGCAAUCGCAGCAGGAGCAAGCGGAGCAAUCAGAGGAGGAGAAGGAGGUACAGGUAGACGGAGGGGAGGCAGACAGACAAGUGGAUAUAGCCACCAUCGCCACGCCCAGCACGGGAGUCUCACCAGCCAGAGGAGCCAAUCAUAAGGACGUGCGCCACGUGGAAGACGAGGGGCGCGCGCUGCUGGCGCUGGGGGAGGCGGAGCUGCGCGCGCUGCUGGCGGAAGCGGAAGCCGCGCGCGAGGCAGCGAUCCGCGCUGAGGUGGCGCGCGCAGCGGCGCUUGUGGCGCGCGUGGAGGUGGGGAGGGCGCGCGCGGAGUUUGACGCGGAGAGGCAGCAGCUGCUGGCGGCGGAAGCGUCGCUCAAGAGUCAACUGGCGGGCGCGCUGGAGGCAGUGCGGGGCAAGGAGGAGGAGAUGCAGCGCGUGAAGGAGAGGGCGGAGGAGGCGGAGCAGCAGGUGGCGGCGCACCAGAACGAGAUGAAAGAACGGGUGUGGCAGAAGGAAGGUCUAAUUCGAGAGAAGAAUUCUGAAGUGGCAGCGUUGAGGCGGGAGCGGGACGGGGCAGUGGCGGAGAGCAAGGCGCAGGCGAGUCAGAGGGAGGCGGAGAGGGCGGAGAUGGGCGCACAGAUGGAGCGGCUGCAGAGCCAAGUGGCUGACGCGGAGCAGCGCCUGAGAGACACUCAGAACCAGCUGCGGCUGGUGCAGGAGGAGUUGUGGCAGAAAGAGGACGCGGUGAAGGAGGCGCAGGGGUGGGCGGCGCACGGGCAGGACAUGGAGGCCCACGUGGCAGCCAUCACAGCAGCCAAUCAGAGCCUGCACGGCGAGCUCAGGGAACGCACGGACCAGUGCCAUCACCUGUUUGCCGUCACUCACCAGCUCAGACAGCAGCUAGCAGAGAGUGAGCGGUACCACAUGCAGCUGAUGCAGCGUCUGCACAUGGAGAACACGGACCUGCGCUCCAGGCUCGGCGCCCUCCCUGCCGCUACUCCGGGUGCUACUGGUUCGGCAGUGGCAGGCACGGCAGCAGGAGCAGGAGCAGCAGGUGUUGGCGCAGGAGGCACAGGGAAUGCCGGCGGUACAGGGAUUGCAGGAGGGCAGGCAGCAGCAGGAGCAGCGGGCGCACUGGGGGCAUCUGGAGGGAGCAGUGGAGGGGGGGUGAGUGCAGGGAGAGAAGUAGCAGGGGUCGUGCAAGGAGCUGGGGUGGCGUUGAGUGGCGCGGGUGGUGCUGGUGGCAGCAAGGACGGGAAGGUGAGCUUCUUUGCUCCUACUUUUGCACCCCUCGUUUCUCUCCCUCUCUCCCUCCACUCGUCCAUCCCUCUGCAUUCUUCCCCCCUCAUGCAUGAUUCCCUCCCAUCCCCUGUCCCUUAUCCCGUCCCUAUUUCUGUCUCUUUGUCUGUCUCUCCUCCCAUGCUUUCCCCACAGAGCGAAGCAGCAGCAGCACAGUCAGGACAAGCCCACCCGCCCAUGGCACCACACGCCUAUCUCAUCCGCCCACACAUGCCCCACCCCUUCUACGCUGCACCCAUGCAAACCGUCCCCACACCCAUUCACCCUGGGCCCACGCCCAUGCAACCCGUGCCUAUGCUUGUUCCGCACUCCGCGUCUCCCCCAGCCCUGCACCCUCUGCAUCCUCACCCCUCCACUCUCCCGCCUGGCACCUACCCCCCUGCUGGUAUGCAAGGGCAAGGAGCAGCACAGGCUGCAGGGGUGCAGGCAGGGCACGCGGUUACAGGGUUACCAGGACCCGGACAGAGCCAGCAGCACAUGCAGAAUCAGGGGCAGGGACAGGGGCAGGUGCAAGGGCAAGUGCUGACUCAGGGGCAGGGGCAGGGACAGGGGCAAGCACAUGGACAGGCACCAAAACUCCAUUUGCAACAGCCAAGCCAGCAGCAGCAGCAGCAGCAGCAGCAAGCGGUGGUGUUGCAUCAUAUUACCCACCCCAUGAGCAACCAGCCUCUUCCCUUGAACCCCACACCCCAGCAGCAGCAGCAGCAGCAGCAGCAUGCAAGCAGCCUUACCUUAGGUUCUGGGACUAGCAAUGGGCCAAGUAGCAGCAGCACCACUGGAGGCACAGGGGAGAAGGGUAGAGAUAGCGGUGGCAGCAGCAGCACGGGUGAUAGAGCCCCAGUAGGCGAGCCUGCAAAUAGGCACAUGGGCAGCAGUAGUGCUGAUGCUACUCCAGGAGGCAGUUUUUCCAAUGGCGGCUCCUCCAGCGCCUCUCCUGACUCCUCCAGUACGAGCAACAGCAAUGCGGGCCAGAGUCUCCCAAUCAGUGCUGCUGCCUCCUCUACCACUCAUACCGAUACCCCUGCUGCUGAUACCCCUGACACGAAAACUGCUGCUGCCCCUCGGAAGCUCACUGCCAGUCCCAUCACGCAGCGGUCGCCGCCUAGAGGGGUGGAUGUGGGGCUGGGAGGCGUGGCAUACGUGCCGGAACGCCCAAGCGGGGAGGCCUCAGGUGCAGCAGAGUCAAACGCGGAAGGUCAAGCGGGGAUUGAAGGGAAAGUUGGGAUUGAACCUCUGCCUGCGUCGGCGGUGCUGGCAGCAGGGAGCAGUGGGGGAGAGAAAACAGAGGGUGCUGCACCAGCUAGCAUCGACACGACACCAGCAGCAGCAGCAGCAGCAGCAGCAGCAGCAGAUGCAGCACUCACACCCCUCGCAGCACCACUGACCGCACGCCCCAUGCCCAUGAUGCUGGCGUUGCCCCCGGGAGCGCAGUUGAAGGACGAGAGGGCGCUGCUGACGUGCAUCGUGCGAACACUCUCAGCGGACAGGGGCGCCAAGGCCCUCAUCUCCUCCACAGUCGCCCCCCGCCUUGCACGCCUGCUCGCCCCACUAACCUGGGUUCACUACGAGCCUCUGUACGGGUCGCUGCAUCAGCUGAUCGCCUCCAAGCCCGAGCUGAAGGACGAGAGGGCACUGCUGACGUGCAUCGUGCGCACGCUCUCAGCGGACAGGGGCGUCAAGGCCCUCAUCUCCUCCACUGUUGCGCCGCGCCUUGCACGCCUGCUCGCCCCAUUAACUUGGGCUCAUUAUGAGCCUCUAGGACCAACUCAUUGCCUCCAAGCCCGAGGGGUGGAAGGGGCGGGGCGAGGCAGCCGCCUGUGGUUCGCCAAUGCUGCUCGAUGA